AUGAAUCGAGAAAAGAUGAAAAUCGACAAACAUCGAACAUUCAAUCUCCACCCAUUAUCUUCUAAAAAGCCAAUUGAUAUUUCAUUGGCAAGAUUGGAAUUUCAAUGGGAAUUGAAGAAUGUGAAAGAAUCUUCAGUGUUAUAUUUGCAAUAUGACAUGAAAGAUGAAACUAUUUGCAUAUUGAUUGAUUUGGAACCUGAAGAGCGAGCGGGAUAUGCAAAUUCUUGCGGAAAAAAUUCGGUUUUGGUUGAAAAAAUACCAAUUGAUCAGAUUUGCGGAUUUUCCUCCAAAUUGUUAAAAUUGUUUGCUGAAUGCCCAGGGUUUGUUGCUUAUAAGUUAUUCUCAACCUUCAAAAAUGCACCUUUCAGACAAUUCAAGCUUGCUGGCAUCAAAAUUUUAUGGAGUUUAUCAGAAAACAAUGGAUUUCAAAUCGAAAUUCAAGUCGAGAAUGAAAGUUUGCUCAACUCUUUUGAACACGAAAAAAUUUUUGAAUUGAGUCAAUAUAAAGUUGCAACAAUCCUCAACACAUUCUUCAACAGUCUGCGUUUAUGGAACUCCGAUUCUUUCGCUUUUUGGCCGAAUAAUCCAAAAUACAAUUCAAAAGAAGGCUCGGAUUUUUUCGCGUUUUUUAAUGCUCUUCAAAAAACCACAGAAGAUUGGAAACCUGAAGCUGGAAAUGAAAAUGAAAAACAAUAUGAAGUUCGUGAUGAUUUAUUGAACAGUCAACUAAUGGAUUAUCAAAAAACCACUGUAAAAUGGAUGAUUUCUCGAGAAAUUGAUGGAAAAAAUACAGAAUUCUUCGGAUUAUUUCAAAGUCUUCCAAUUGAAUCAAUCUUCUAUUAUCCAGCUUUUGGUGUAUUUUCAAAAAAACCUGAUUUGAGUGUUGAAUCAAUUCCUAAUGGUGGAAUUUUGGCGGAUGAAAUGGGUUUGGGAAAAACUCUAGAAAUGUUGGCCUUGAUUGUUUCAAAUCCUAAAGAAGUUCGCGCAAAUUUGAAAAAAGAGGAGGAAAUAGAAGAGAAAUUAGACUGGAAACAAUAUGUAUGCUUCAAAUUUUAACAUUUUCAAAAUUCAUUUUUUUUUUGCAGAAACAACAAAAGGCAAAAAAGAUUGAUGUAUUUCCCGUCGUUUAUACAGCAGAACAUAAUCCAACAAAAUCACAAAAGCUAGAUAUUUUGCAAAAAUGUUCAAAGUGUCAAGAAAAUUGUGUUUUGAAAAAAUGUGGCUGGAAGAAGGAGUUUGAUGAUGAAAAUAUUGAUUUUCUGUGUCCGUUAUGUAUGGCAAAAGAAGAUCCAUUGAAUGUUGGAACAACUUUGAUUAUUGUGCCAGAAACAUUGAGUAUGCAAUGGUAUCAAGAGAUUGUUAAGCAUUGUAAUAAGAAUUUGAAAGUUAUGGUAAAUCACAAAUAGUAGUAUUGUCGACGUUGAAAAAUGUGGAAGCCGUAAAAAAUAAAAAAAACAGUAUAGUUAGACAUCGACUAAAUGGCAUUUUCAUGUUUUUUUCGCAAGCGAGUUGAAAUAUUGGAUUUUAAUCGUAUACAUAGGAUAGAAAGGUCUAAGGCGAACCGAAUGCCUUUCUAUCCUAUGUAUACGAUUAAAAUCCAAUAUUUCAACUCGCUUGCUAAAAAAAGAUGAAAAUGUCAUUUAGUCGAUGUCUAACUAUUCUGUUUUUUUUUAUUUUUCACGGCUGCCACAUUUUUCAACUUCGACAAUACUUGAUGUGAAAUUAAAACUUGAUCGAUUUCUUUCAGUUCUACUUUGGCUUGAAAAAAAGCGGCUAUUUGAAUCCGCACGACAUCGCCAACUACGAUGUCAUUUUUGUGACUUAUCAAACAUUGGUGGGCGAACUUGUUUUCACAAACUUCAAAAAUGAUGAGGAUUUUGGUAGCCGAAAAUUUUCGCCAAGUUCCAUGACUCAUGUGAAAUGGUGGAGGGUGAGUGUUUUGACGCGGAAAAUGUUUGUUUUCAGCAAAAAUUUUCUUGCAGUUAAUUACGGAUGAAUCGCAAUUAGUGGAAGUCGGCGGCUCGAAACGCGCUGAAAUGUGUCAAAUAAUCAAGGCAAAAUAUCGAUGGGCGAUGACAGCGACACCAAUUCUCAAGGAUAUUCAUGGACUUGGUGGACUUUUUUGA